GUGCUGGAGCAGACGAGGAAAGCUCGAGGUUGGGCACAGGCACAGAUAACCUAACCGCGCCAGGGCAAGACCAGCCACUGUUCAACCCUGACACGUCACCCCUGCUUCGGUGUGGGUUCCCAGAUGCACUAGGGGGCAGUGAGAGCCUCGCAUCCCAGGUUGGCUACUGCUGGCGGCGGCAGGUCCCCACCAGGAGCCUCUGACGCCGCCUGCUUCCCCACGCAGCGAGGGUGUCUGUGUGCGGCCACUUCCCUCUGCCGCCGCCUCGCCGCACCUCACCCAGGCGCUGGGACCUUGGAGGACACCCUCCCCUCCCGCGCCACAGGCAGGAUGGGGGACGUGGCCAACAGUUCCAUCGAGUUCCACCCCAAACCCCAGCAGCAGCGGGAGGCCCCCCAUGCAGGGGGCUUUGGGUGCACACUGGCUGAGCUGCGCUCCCUCAUGGAGCUCCGAGGGGCCGAGGCGCUGCAGAAAGUCCAGGAAACCUACGGGGAUGUGGGCGGGCUCUGCAGGAGGCUGAAGACCUCACCCACGGAGGGCCUGGCCGACAACACCAAUGACUUGGAGAAGCGCAGGCAGAUCUACGGGCAGAACUUCAUCCCUCCCAAGCAGCCCAAGACCUUCCUACAGCUGGUAUGGGAGGCCCUGCAGGACGUGACCCUCAUCAUCCUGGAGGUGGCCGCCAUCGUAUCCCUGGGCCUCUCAUUCUAUGCGCCACCUGGAGAGGAGAGCGAAGCGUGCGGGAAUGUGUCGGCUGGGGCAGAAGACGAAGGGGAGGCCGAGGCGGGCUGGAUUGAGGGGGCCGCCAUCCUGCUGUCUGUCAUCUGCGUGGUCUUGGUCACGGCCUUCAACGACUGGAGCAAGGAGAAGCAGUUCCGGGGCCUGCAGAGCCGCAUCGAACAGGAGCAGAAGUUCACCGUCAUCCGGAACGGGCAGCUCCUGCAGGUCCCGGUGGCUGCGCUGGUGGUAGGGGACAUCGCCCAGGUCAAGUAUGGAGACCUGCUGCCCGCCGAUGGCGUGCUCAUCCAGGGCAAUGACCUCAAGAUUGACGAGAGCUCCCUGACGGGCGAGUCGGACCACGUGCGCAAGUCGGCAGACAAAGACCCCAUGCUGCUGUCAGGCACUCAUGUCAUGGAAGGUUCUGGAAGAAUGGUGGUGACAGCCGUUGGUGUGAACUCCCAGACAGGCAUCAUCUUUACCUUGCUUGGGGCUGGUGGAGAGGAGGAGAAGAAGGAUAAGAAAGGCAAGCAGCAGGAUGGGGCGAUGGAGAGUAGCCAGACCAAAGCUAAGAAGCAGGAUGGGGCAGUUGCCAUGGAGAUGCAGCCCCUGAAGAGCGCAGAAGGUGGGGAGACGGAGGAGCGGGAAAAGAAGAAAGCCAACGUGCCCAAGAAGGAGAAGUCGGUCCUUCAGGGAAAGCUCACCAAACUGGCUGUGCAGAUCGGGAAAGCAGGGCUGGUGAUGUCCGCCGUCACCGUCAUCAUCCUGGCCGUCUACUUUGUGAUCGAGACCUUCGUGGUGGAUGGCCGGGCGUGGCUGGCAGAGUGCACACCUGUCUACGUGCAGUACUUCGUCAAGUUCUUCAUUAUCGGUGUCACUGUGCUGGUUGUGGCUGUCCCAGAGGGCCUGCCUCUUGCUGUCACCAUCUCCUUAGCUUACUCUGUCAAGAAAAUGAUGAGGGACAACAACCUGGUCCGCCACCUGGACGCCUGUGAGACCAUGGGCAAUGCCACGGCCAUCUGCUCAGACAAGACAGGCACGCUCACCACCAACCGCAUGACCGUGGUGCAGUCCUACCUCGGGGACACCCACUAUAAAGAGGUUCCGGCCCCCAGCGCCCUGACCCCCAAGAUCCUCGACCUCCUGGUCCACGCCAUCUCCAUCAACAGUGCCUACACCACCAAAAUACUACCUCCAGAGAAGGAAGGCGCCCUCCCACGCCAAGUGGGCAACAAGACGGAGUGCGCUCUGUUGGGCUUCGUCCUGGACCUGAAGCAGGACUUCCAGCCCGUGCGGGAGCAGAUUCCUGAAGAUAAGCUUUACAAAGUGUACACCUUCAACUCGGUCCGCAAGUCCAUGAGCACAGUCAUACGCAUGCCCGACAGCGGUUUCCGCCUCUUCAGCAAGGGCGCCUCGGAGAUCCUGCUGAAAAAGUGCACCAACAUCUUAAACAGCAAUGGGGAGCUGCGCAGCUUUCGCCCUCGGGACCGGGACGACAUGGUGCAGAAGAUCAUCGAGCCGAUGGCCUGCGAUGGGCUCCGCACCAUCUGCAUCGCCUACCGGGACUUCUCCGCUGCCCAGGAGCCCGACUGGGACAACGAGAACGAGGUCGUGGGCGACCUCACCUGCAUAGCCGUUGUGGGCAUCGAGGACCCCGUGCGGCCCGAGGUCCCUGAAGCUAUCCGUAAAUGCCAGCGCGCUGGCAUUACAGUCCGCAUGGUGACUGGGGACAACAUCAACACGGCCCGCGCCAUUGCAGCCAAGUGCGGCAUCAUCCAGCCCGGGGAGGACUUCCUGUGCCUGGAGGGGAAGGAGUUCAACCGGCGGAUCCGAAACGAGAAAGGCGAGAUAGAACAGGAGCGUCUGGACAAGGUGUGGCCCAAGCUGAGGGUCCUUGCCCGAUCGUCUCCCACCGACAAGCACACUCUGGUUAAAGGGAUCAUCGAUAGCAACACCGGCGAGCAGCGGCAGGUGGUGGCCGUGACCGGGGAUGGCACCAACGAUGGGCCAGCCCUCAAGAAGGCGGACGUGGGCUUCGCCAUGGGCAUCGCGGGGACUGACGUGGCAAAGGAAGCCUCGGACAUCAUCCUGACGGACGACAACUUCACCAGCAUCGUCAAGGCCGUCAUGUGGGGCCGCAACGUCUACGACAGCAUCUCCAAGUUCCUGCAGUUCCAGCUGACGGUCAAUGUGGUGGCCGUGAUUGUGGCUUUCACGGGUGCCUGCAUCACUCAGGACUCUCCUCUCAAAGCCGUGCAAAUGUUGUGGGUGAACUUGAUCAUGGACACAUUCGCCUCUCUGGCCCUGGCAACAGAGCCGCCCACUGAGUCGCUGCUCCUGCGGAAGCCGUAUGGCCGGGACAAGCCCCUGAUCUCGCGGACCAUGAUGAAGAACAUUCUGGGCCACGCCGUCUACCAGCUCACCACCAUCUUCACGCUGCUGUUCGUCGGGGAGCUCUUCUUCGACAUUGACAGCGGGAGGAACGCGCCCCUGCACUCGCCGCCCUCCGAGCACUACACCAUCAUCUUCAACACCUUCGUCAUGAUGCAGCUCUUCAACGAGAUCAACGCCCGCAAGAUCCACGGCGAGCGCAACGUCUUCCACGGCAUCUUCGGCAACCCCAUCUUCUGCACCAUCGUGCUGGGCACCUUUGCCAUCCAGAUUGUCAUCGUGCAGUUCGGCGGAAAGCCCUUCAGCUGCUCGCCGCUGUCUACGGAACAGUGGCUCUGGUGCCUGUUUGUUGGUGUUGGGGAGCUGGUCUGGGGACAGGUCAUCGCCACCAUCCCCACCAGCCAGCUCAAGUGCCUGAAGGAAGCGGGGCACGGGCCCGGGAAGGACGAGAUGACUGACGAGGAGCUGGCUGAGGGCGAGGAAGAGAUCGACCACGCCGAGCGGGAGCUCCGCAGAGGCCAGAUCCUCUGGUUCCGGGGCCUCAACCGGAUCCAGACGCAGAUGGAGGUAGUGAGUACCUUCAAGAGAAGCGGUUCAUUUCAGGGUGCUGUGCGCCGGCGGUCCUCGGUCCUCAGCCAGCUCCAUGACGUAACCAAUCUUUCUACCCCUACUCACGUAAUUCUCUCUGCUGCCAAUCCCGCCAGUGCCGCUGGGAAUCCGGGUGGUGAAAGCUUUCCGUAGCUCCCUCUACGAAGGCCUGGAGAGACCCGAAUCCAAGACCUCCAUCCAUAAUUUCAUGGCGACGCCCGAGUUUCUGAUCAAUGACUACACACACAACAUCCCACUCAUCGAUGACACGGACGUGGACGAGAACGAGGAGCGCCUGCGGGCCCCGCCCCCGCCCUCCCCCAACCAGAACAACAACGCCAUAGACAGCGGCGUCUACCUGACUACGCGCGGCACCAAGUCAGCUACCUCGUCAGUGUUUUCUUCCCGCCCCGGGAGCCCGCUCCACAGCGUGGAGACGUCCCUCUAAGCAGAACUGCUCUCGGCACGGCACGCGCACUCCCCGCACACACACGCACCCGGGCGGGCCGGGCGAGGGCACCGGCCACGAGGAGGGCCCGCCAGGCCGCUGAAGAUGCUCCAAGGCACCUGCCAGAAGCCAAUGCAUUCUAGGCUUCUUACUCAGGAGGACCAGGAAGGGGAAGGAGGAGGAAGGAGAGACCAAGAACAGUCGUGUUCCCCCCUUUUUCUAUGGAAGCUUUUUUAAACGAACACUGUAAUUCCACCAGAUGUUCCCUGUUUGGGCUGUGCAGUGCGGCAGAGGGCCGGUUUCGGUUUAUCGAGAGCUUCGCGGCACCUGCUGCAGAGCAGUUGGCUCAACAGGUACAAGAGGCGAGCACCGCUCUGCAGGAAGGAUGCUCCCACCCAGAUGGUCCACCGGCCCAGCACCCCCUCCCCAGGACGCGUGCAGUCAGCCUGUGUGUGCAUGUGUGCGUAGCCACGUGUGUGCGCGUAUAGACGUGUACGUGCACGUAGGACCAGAUGCAUAUCUAAAGAAUAAGGAACUACUUAACGGCAUGAUAUUUCCAUUUCUCUUAUCGGGUGUUUUCAUUUUGAGAUUUCAUUAUUUAUCGCGGCAGGGUUUUUUUCAGGGAACUAGACUGCAAGAAUAUCCUUCUGGUUGCUUGGGACGCGCCUCCCCCGCACUGCUCCCCUCCCGCCAGUCCCCUCCAUCCUCCGUACUAACGGUUACAGUUGAAACAGUAGGAACAUUUGCACUUUGAGACCCCUGCCUAUAGAGAAAAAAACACCAUUCGAUGGAAUUUUUAUUGAAAAGGAAAAUACCAAAGUAUUGACGAGAAUGAUUCCCUCCAGUAGGCCGAAGGGGGAGUUUUGCUUUCGGUUUCCUUUGGUUCCAACUCCAAUUCCAAGUCCUGAAAUCUGGCCAGUGGGUAGGAUUUCUUUGUCAGAGUCCCAACUUCAAGAGCACGAAGCCAGGCCACCUGCCAUGCCUGACCUCCUGGGAUGAUCCGGAAUCCCCAGAGCAGGCCCAGGAGAGCCAGGUCCACGGGUGGAGGUGGGGAAGAAUGCAGAGAGUCAGAAAGAAAGCGGAGACAGACGCUCCAUCCAAACCCAGGAGGAGCCGGCACGGCCGCAGCGCAGACCCCAGCCCCCUGGGCGCCUCCACCUGGACUCCCGCUCUGCUUUGGCAAAUGCCAAGAAGCUGUCGCUGAGACGCCCAUAAAGCGACUGGGAAAAGUUCUCAGUCACCACCCGCAAAGCGCUCUUCGGAUCCUGAUGUUCUCGUUCAAGGACAACUGUGACCCACAAGGGCAUGGAUUUGGGUCUGCAGCCGCCUACGGCGACCUUGGGGAGGCCAAGCCCCUGGGAGCGACGGUCCCUCGUCUCUGUUGCUGUAAUGGAGAGUGCGGAAGGCUGAGGAGGUCAGCUCUGCCACGUCAUCGGCUGAGCACCUGGUCUGCAGGUGGGGAGAGCUGGGCCUGGGCUCCCCAGACGGUUCCCUCGGGAGCCUCUCCUGGCAGUGUGGGCACGCGGCGUGCCAAGCCUCAGUUUUCCUCGAAUGCGUGACAACCGGGGUGGGAAAUGCAGAAAAAGCAGAGGUUCUUUUACCUUCAGAAUUCUUCUGUCUCACAUUUUGCAGGGAGGAGGUUGGGGUCCAGCCACGGCUAGUACAGGUGCCUGUCGCUUGGGCCUGGGGCUGAGCCGCUGGGGGACAGCUGGGAGCUGAGGGGUGGAGGGGCUCGCUCAGCAGUUGAGCAGCAGCUGGACCAGUGGCAAGGCUGGUUCGCCCAUCCCGUGCCCAUCCCACAGCCCCUGGCCAGGGCUCGCCUUGCCUCCACUUGUGUCUGUGUGCCUCCGGGCAGGCGGCGUCCCAAGCGUGCUCGGUCCCCACUGUUAACAUUAAUGCCAUGUCACCCCGGGCAAAGGAAUUUCGGUUAGAAAAGCAAAUCCCACUUCAAAUGCCAGCUACCGAUAACUUAAAGCCAUCCCUUUCUUCCAAAGGGCACAUUGAGAAUGUUACCCAUUUGUAAAUUGUUCCCUAAUGUCCUUGUUUAAACAACAACAAACAGGGCAACUCAAUUUGUUGAGGGUCUGUGUGUUCUUAAACAAGAACUGAAAUUGGAAAUGUUUAAAUUGAAGAAUAUACACUGAGUAAUGCUAUGCUCACGGGCUUCUUUUCAUCCUCUGUUGUAGACACAAAGCCUUGCUGCUGCUGUCCAAAGUUGCCUCCUGUACACGGCGAUUGUUUAGUCCCUAGGUUGCCUUUCCAUGGGGUGUGGGGUGCAGAUCGCUGCUCUCAUUUCUGUGCGUCUUCAGGCCAGGGGCCCUAUCUCGUUGGGAAGCCCCUCUCUCUAAAGCAUUAUCUUAUAUGGAAUGGCUUGGUCAACUGUGUUCAGUUAUUAAAUCUGUUUUACGUUUUUAUCUGCCUGUUAUAAAGAUGAACAAAAAUAUCUUAAUGAGGAAGACCACAGAUGCAUAAUAAUUUAAAGUCUGUAGUUGAAUUUCCUAAUUUAAAGAAUAGACCAAAAUUUCUGUGUAUUGAAAAAAAAAAUGAAAGGC